AUGUUAUCAUCAUAUUAUGUCUUACACCAGCUAUUUCAUAUGGCUGAACGUCAUCCUCAAAAAAUCGCUAUAAUACUUGACGCUCAAACGUGGACCUACAGUGAAUUGAUUGAACAAGUUGAACGUGUAGUGGAUUAUUUGCAUCAUUUAAACAUCGUAAAAGGUCAAAUUAUUUAUCAGUUUGUUGAACGUAGUUUUGAAAUGGUAUGUGGAUUCUUGGGUAUUAUGUGUGUCGAUGCUGUAUAUUGUCCAUUAAAUCCAACAGAUUCUCCAUCGCGUCUUAUUUCCAUCUUAGAACAAAUACAAAGUGAAUAUGUUCUGGUUCAUCACACGACAUACAAACAAUUUCCAAAAGACAUAGUUAAACACGUUAUUCUCCUGGAGGAAAUUCUUUUUCCAUUAUCACAUAUUGAAGAUAUAAAUGAACUUCCAUAUUGUAUAGAACAGGGUCCCGCAUUUAUCAUAUGUACAUCAGGUACAACUGGUCGACCAAAAGCAAUACUUCAUACUCACAAAAGUUUUGCAGCAAGUAAUGCAGCUUAUAUUCAAUGGAAUGCUGAUAUGUAUACAAUCCGAGAUCAAGUUCUUCAACUCUCUACUUGUACAUGGAUUUUACAACUAUCAGAAAUUGCAUUACCAUUAGUUGUCGGUGGUUCUGUUGUACUUUUACGACCUAGUGGUCAUUUGGAUAUGUCGUAUUUAUCAAAAAUUCUAGUCAAUCAACAAGUAACAACACUUAUCAUUGGUCCAGCAAUAAUUCGAGGUCUUAUCGAUUUGUUUGAGAUUAGUCAACAAUUUGAUACAUUUAAAUUUGUACACAAUUUAUGUGUAACAGGUAACUAUAAAAUACUUUCUUUAAAUGUAGAUGUUACGAUAUUUUAUAAUAAUUUAGCUGAAGCGGUAAAUCCUCAACAAUGGACUAAAUUUAUUGGUUAUUUGAAUCUGUCGACUAUUCGAAUCAAUUCUCAAUAUGGUAUGUCAGAAUGUAACGGAGUUCUUGGCUGUCGUUUGUCAGAUGUCUAUAAUACAAGUAUACCUAUUGGUUGUCCAUUCUCUAAUGUUCGUUGUUUGCUUAUCGAUGAACACGAUAAUAUUAUUAAUAAUACGAUCAAUCCAAAUAAAAUUGGUCAACUUCAUAUAGGAGGGCCAACUCUGUUUAAUUGUUAUCUGAAUGAUUCACAACGUACAGAUGAUACACUUAUUACUAUUGAUAAUCAUACGUAUUUAAAAACAGGAGAUUUAGCUCGAUAUAAUGAACGUGGCGAACUCGUACAUGCUGGACGUGCGGAUUUUCAAAUUAAAAUUCACGGUCAACGAGUAGAAACAACUGAAAUUGAAGAUACAAUUAUGAAUUGGUCUCGAAAUAAAAUCUCCGGUUGUCUUGUCACUAAAUCACCACAAAAUGAAGAUUUAUUAGUUGCUUAUAUUGUUUCGCAUGAUUUAAACCUUAAUAUUGAAGAGAUUCGAAAUCAUUGUACUAAGCAUCUUCGUCAAUAUAUGAUUCCAUUUGAUAUGGUUGUUCUUGAUAAAUUUCCAUUGAAUUCUAAUGGAAAAAUCGAUAGAAAACAACUUCCUAUACCAUCCUCACUCAGCAGCGAACCAAUUAAUUCUGUUCCGAUUGACGAUACACCAAUUUCGGAAUUAGAAGAGAAAAUACACAAAUUAUGGUGCAGUGUAUUACAACUUAAUUCUGUUCCUCGUCAUGCAAAUUGUUUUGCAUUAGGUGGCUCUUCCCUUACAUUGAUUCAAUUUUUCAAUUAUUAUCAAUUUCAUUUCGCUCCCGAUAUGCAACUCAAUGUACUCGACUUUUUUAUCAGUCCAACAAUCGAUGACCAUGCUCAACUCUUAUUAAAUUGUAAAACAAAAACAAAAAUCAUUUGGAGUCCACUCCAUUUAACACAAGGAGUAGCGUCGUUUGCUCAAAAUCGUCUCUGGAUGGACGAACAAGUACGUUUUCAUAAAUCAAACAAUGAACAAGUAUCUGUUUUCAAUGAAUUACUUAUUUAUAAAUUAACAUCUCUUACAUCAUUCUCCAUUGAUCGGCUUCGUCAUGCUCUUAAACUUAUUGUUACUAAACAUGUAAUUCUUCGUACAGCAGUGAUAUUUGAUGAAGAAAGAUUGAUCCAAAAAAUCCUUCCAAUAUCACCCGAGCAUUAUGAAAUACAAAUAACUUAUGUAACAAAUGAACUUAAUAUAAAAAAGAUUUUUUAUGAUGAAGAAACAAAUCGAUCAUUGUUUAAUCUCGAACAAGGUAAAGUAUUUCGUUGUCAUUUACUUCUUCAAUCAUCUGAUAACGAUUUAAAACAUAAUGAUAUAAUUAUUUUCAAUUUUCAUCAUAUUGCAAUUGAUGGUAGUUCUAUUCAAGUAUUUAUCGAUGAUCUUCGUCAAAAUCUCACUACAGAAGAGUUAUCUUGUGAUGAUCAAGAGUGUAUUACCUAUCUUGAUUAUUCACAAUAUGAAAGAUUAGAAGAUUGGUCAAAUGCUCGACAAUAUUGGAAUAAAGUUUUAACAUCAUUUCAUACUUCAAUUAAUCAACAAAAUUAUCCUGUAAGAACAGGCAAAGCAAAAAUGACACCGUCAACAAGUGCUUGUUACCGUUGUAUUAUUCCCACAUCACGCGUAAAGCAACUUGGCUUGAAGGAUUUUUCACCUAACAGUGCAAUUGAAUUUUGGGGUGGUUUCGAUAUUAAUAAGAUUGUUUUGGCUCCCUGUUGUGCAGGUGAAAUUGUAUCAUUUUAUUGCUUUUAUCCAGCUUCUUAUAAUCAUCAAAGUGAAGAGGGUUGGAAUUUCAGUGCCACACCAUCGAUGCUAAUUGAGCGUUUUCCUGAUCUUGAUCCAGAUUUAUUAGCAAUUUUUAAGCAUUGUGAAGAUAUUAAGUUGUGGAAGUUGGUUGUUCAUGAACCCUAUCCAUAUUGGGUAAAGGGUUGUGUAGCAUUGCUUGGGGAUGCUGCACAUCCAAUGCUACCUGAUCAAAGUCAAGGAGCAUGUAUGGCGAUUGAAGAUGCGGCUGCACUGGGUAUUAUAUUCUCACCUAAAUAUUGGGGUAAUAAAAUACAUACAGUCGAGCAUGCCUUAAAGAUGUAUGAAAUGUUAAGAAAAACGAGAGCAACACGAGUUCAAGAGGCCAGUGCACGUGCACGAGAGAAUCUCAAUGAAAGAAUUGGCUGGAGUUCACAAAGAAAUCCUGGCAAUCAACAGAAUGCGACAACAAAAUUAACUAUUGAUGAAAUCAACGCUUAUGACAUGGAAAAACAUCUAGUCGAUCUUCUUAACUAG